GAGGCAGAUGACAAAUACCCCUCCUGCGAUCAGCUGACAACGAUCAGCUGAAACGAGUGCACCUGUCGCAUCAUAUUGAUUCAUCGCGUCGAUUAUCAUUAAAGGGAAUCGUCAUCAAUGAAGCUAUUUCACGCUUCUCUCACGCGAGUGAUAAGAAAAAUACUAUAAUUCUGCAAUCAGGUUAUUGUGCGCGCGCGCACACGUUUCGAUAUUGACGCGAUUGACACUACAUCCUUAGCCACUUUGUUUACGAUUGUGGCAUGGGUGCUCCUGGAGUCUAUGUGUGCGUUGAUUUUCUCCAUCCCUACUCCCGGUGUCGAUGAGAACGAGAGAUACCCGCCAACUCGUCUGAGAGCAACGUGUCUCUCGAUCGAUUUUGAUCAAAUGCCAAAUGUGUGACAUCUGAAGCCGAAGCUCUCUUUUUUAUCUCUGUAUACGUUCUCCCAUCGGACAGAGUUAGGUCUCCUUAAUUCUGUAUUAAAUAAGGUUAGAACGAUCUCUUCAGGUUACAUCUGUGUGUACGACGUAAUAACUUAUGUUGGAGAAAGCGGCGAGUUCCUCGUCUCGUCAUUUUUCUCCUCGAAAAUGAACACGAUUCUCGACGAGAAUUCGUCCUAGAAUUCUGUUGGAUGUUCUCGUGAAUUGUGCAAAAGUUAUAUCGAGCAAACUGCGUUUAAUGUCAACGUAACAUUUGGGGUACGAUGGACGGAGAGGAUCUCGCAGACGUGGACCCGCGAGAGCUGCAAGAGACCCUUCAGACGUAUAGGAAACUUGCGGAUGAUUUUGUGAACCAUGACACAAUCUUAAAGGAUAAAACGGUCUUAUCGUAUCUAGCGUACGUUUUAGAGGUACCUGAUGUAGAUGUGGUUACUUUAGCCUUAGACAUUCUUGAGAUAUUUGUCAAGAAUGUAGACAAUUAUAUACACAUAACAUCCACCUUUGGUGUGCGUGAAUCCUUAGAAGCAAUUAUAAACAAAUACAGUCUGAGCGAACCAAAAUUGGCCAAUCGAGCACAACACAUCAAAGAUGACAUAGAGCGGAUGAAACCUCCUAUAUAUAAUUUACGCAGUCGUUGUAGGCGAGUUAUAGAGCCUAAAAAAUUAAAGACUCAUGUAAUAGUUUUACAUGUCCAAGGUCUACUACCGGAAACUCGAUCCGAGUUGGAAGGAAUAUUGAUAAGAAUCGAAGGUCUCGUUUCACUUGUUGUUGAUGUAGAGCAUCAGCGUGUAACUAUGCGUACCUUGAAUUUUGUCACUGCAAAACAAAUUGCGGAAGCAAUCGACAAAAAUACAGACAUUAUGGAAGCAAGAUUGGUGACAAGAAACAAAUUUAAUCAAGAGUUUCUUGUAAAAUUGCUACAAACGGGCGAUAGCGAUAGUGAAGAGAUGCCUGACUAUUUACCUGAAGAGGAAGAAGAAGAUGAUAGGGAAGGAGUUGUGUCGUUAUUUACCGGUUUAAAACAAAGCGCUUCAUCUCUAUAUAAAUCUACCGCUGAGUUUCUAAGUAAUUCCUUUUAUUGGUAAAAUUUGUAAUUGUAAUAGAAAUUGUAAUUAUAAUUAGCAUUAUUAUUGUUUAUAAUUUUAUUUAUUUGAAAUCUUAAUUGUCGUUUUAAAAGAAGGCCAGGAACAAUUGUGCAUAUAGACCAUAUAUAUAUUACCCGAAUAUAGAUGUAUAUUAAGGAAAAAUCCUAAAUAAUUUUUAGUAAUAAUUGUGACCAAUGAAAUAUACAUUAUUUCAGAAUCUCAUACUUUGCAUCAGCAUAUUUAUGCUUGAUAAUGAUCAGUCAUUAACAAAUCGGUUUUUAUAGUGUUUAUAUAAAUAAGCCUUUCUGACCUUCUGUACUAAAAUUAAUGUGUAUAAACAAAUUUCUAAGUCUUUACAUCUAUAUUUGUAAAAGAGGGAAGUAUGUUCUUAUAUUUGUAUGUAUACAAAGUUAACUUUUUUAUUUUUCAUAUUUUAACAGUCAUGCAUGUUCCAUCUUGAAUUAGCUGAUUAAUUUAAUAUCAAUAAAUAUCAAUAAUGUAUACAUACAUUAUGUUGCAUAUAGAUCAGAGAAUGUUUUUCUAAUAUAUUAAUAUAAGCAUGUAAGCAAAUUUCAAUGUGCACUAUAUGUACUAAAAAUUUAAUUAUUUAAGUAAACAAAUCUGAUAUAAAUAAGAAUUCAUUGUAGAAGCUUGUAAGAUAUCAGAUUAAAUAUAUAUGACAUGACAUUCAAGUCACAAUUCGCAAUAUAUAUAGUACAGUUCUUGCAAAUUCGAUUUUACAAUAAUUGUUAUCAAUGUCAACUGUUUCUAUUUACAAGUUGCUUAUAUUUAUGAAAAUUUCGCUAUUUACAAAAAACUAAUAAAUAACGUUUAACUAAUCGUCGAAAUUUGCGCUUUUGUAUGUUUAUUAUUAUUAUAUGAUUAAUAACUUUCUUUUUAAAAUAAAGUAAUCAUAUAGAAAAGAAAAAAGUUUAAAAAGCUAUUACUUAAAUCAUUUUUCAAAAAGUACAGAUUAUGUAUUAAAAUACUCUUUCAAAUGUUCUGGUAAACUUUGUACAAUUCAUCGUAAUAUAUUUCCAUAUUCGUCAGAUUUGUACAAAGAAUGAAGUGUAUAGAGAUGAAACGUCCUGUAAAUCAACUUUAUUUUAUGUAUAACACAAAUUUUGUGUACUACUUCUAUUAUUAUAUAAUAAUAGAACUUGUCAGUUUUAGCUGCCACUGCACGAAAAGGAACAAUUUAUGCAACUACUCGCAUAAUGUAUGAGGUGUGGAUACAAUAUGUAUGAUUACUACAAAGUACAUCUCUCUAAUAAUACGCCUUAGAAAUUAUUUCGUUUAAAUGAGCACAUCCAAAUUUUUAUUUUAUCUUAUUCUUAACUCGCUAAAAAUUUCGGUAUAGUAUUGUCUAUGUGUAUAUUUACAGAUGUAAUAUAUAAUUGUCAUUAAGGCAAUUUGAGUUUCAAAGCAGGUACAAUAGAUGGAUGCAAAACAUCAUUCUUUUCGAUAAUUGAGUAAACGCAACAGUUCAUGGGUAUGUGUAUGUGAGAAAUAUAAUAUAUAGCUUACAAUAAUUAUUAGUACUGGUAAUAUUCACGGAAUGAGUAUGAAGUUUUCGUGUGCAGUCUAGCCAAGUUUGACUAUUUCGCUUACAAUAUAACUCACAUCGUAAACUAUAUAUAAAUGCUUAAGGCUGAAAUCAAUAAGUACAUAGUCGCUUACUUAUUUUUUGACUUUUGUUGGCUGUGAAGUAAAAAAAAUUAAGUUCUUUACGUAUGAGCGUUUUCUUAGGAGAUACAUACAUUGACACAAAAUAAUUCUCCUAUUAUGUAAAUGGAGUAGCUUUCAGGGAAGCAAACUUUAUAUUUUUGUAUUUUUUUCUAUUCAUUUUUGUCUAAACGUCUUUUUGUACCCAUAAUAUAUUGCAAAUAUAAAAGAUCGAUACAGGUACAAUAAUAUCUUUCGAUACAUGCUUCAAAACUAAA